GUGGAUUGUUUUUGUAGACAAUGCUGUAGAAAAUUACCAUAUAUGUGCUAUAUCGACAGCAAAGAACAUAUCUUGUUGGCCUAUUACGGAAAGAGAUUAAUGCAUUGAAAAUGUCUGACCUUAGCAAAGAAACUCUGAAGAAUUGUCCUUUUUUUCUUUUCUUUUUUAGGAUUCAGAUUACCCGGAUCCAUACUCCAUUUCAGUAGGUGGCGGUAAUGCAGUAGUACUCGAGAUGAAGAAGUUUGUUUUUAAAACGUGUUAGUAGCGUUGUUGUGUGUCUGUGUGUUUGGACUGUGCUGGAAGACGGUUGUAUUCUGUCCCAGAUAAAUAUUUGAGCUGUUGAAGUAACAAUGUCUGGAGCUGAGAGUUUGAGAGAGUUGAUCAUCGAGCCACUAACUGUUUCUCCUGAAGAAAUAUUCGGACUCCUUGAAAGAACUGUCGUCCGGUCCGGGGAAGAGAUCGAUCGUCAGCGCAGACUGCUGGAUAUCACCUGGAAACCCGUGAUAAAGUUACACAGAAUAGACGUUCCACAGCAACUUGUCUGCACAGAGGAGGAGUUUCUUACAGAGCAGCAGCUCUGUAACCAGGAGAGGAACUCCAGUGUGAACCAGGAGGAACCAGAACCUCCACAGAUAAAAGAGGAACACGAAGAACCAGAACAUAUACAGAUUAAAGAGGAACAGGAGGAACCAGAACCUCCACAGAUUAAAGAGGAACCGGAGGAACCAGAGCCACCACAGAUGAAAGAGGAAUGGGAGGAACCAGAACCUUCACAGAUAAAAAAGGAACAAGAAGAACCAGAACCUCUACAGAUGAAAGAGGAAGGGCAGGAGCCAGAACCUCAACUGAUUAAAGAGGAACAAGAGGAACUCUGCUGCACCCAGCAGCAAGAACAUCUUGUACUGAACCAGGAGACCGAUUCCUUUAAGGAGACUCCUACUGAUGAGGAAAGUGAGCAAAGUGCACCAGAAUCACACAGUGACCAGUUCCUCUCUUACAACUCUCAAUCCAAACAGCUGAAUCCAAAGAAGAGAAGUCACAGAGACACAAGUCACAGCAACAAUGUAGACAACUCUCCCAUGUCGGAGAGUCAGUGUGAUAGUGACACAGGUAAAAAGUCUGUAACAUGUGAUGUCCGUGGAAAAGCCUUUAAGAAAAAAUCUGUAAUUAAAACACAUUACAGAUAUAACACAGGUGAGAAACGUUACCAUUGCUACACAUGCGGUAAAAGUUUCACACGUUCUACUGGUCUGUUUUUACACACUAUGAUUCACACAGGUGAGAAGCCAUAUCAUUGCAAAGUAUGUGGGAGAUGUUUCAUUAAAAAUAGUGCUUUGACUCAGCAUAUGAGAACUCACACAGGUGAGAGGCCAUAUAGUUGUGACACAUGUAGUAAAACCUUCACUGACAGAAGUAUUUUAGCGGAGCACAGGAGGAUUCACACAGGUGAAAAGCCGUACGGUUGCGGCACAUGUGGUAAAACCUACAAAGACAGAAGUGCUUUAACAUAUCACCUGAGGACUCACACGGGUGCGAAGCCGUACGGUUGUGACACAUGUGGCAAAGCCUUCAAUCAAAGAAGUACUUUAACUGAUCACAUGAGGACUCACACAGGUGAGAAGCCAUACAGUUGUGACACAUGUGGUAAAAGCUUCAACCAUAGAAGUACUUUAACAUAUCACCUGAGGACUCACACAGGUGAGAAGCCAUACAGUUGUGACACAUGUGGCAAAACUUUCAAUCAAAGAAGUGCUUUAAAAUAUCACAUGAGGACUCACACAGGUGAGAAGCCAUAUGGUUGUGACACAUGUGGUAAAAGCUUCAGUCAAUGCAGUAAUUUACACACACAUAUGAGGACUCACACAAAUGAGAAGUCGUCAUGCUGACAACUGAUCUAAUUAUUCUCUGAGAUAAUUUGAAAUAACAUUUUCAUUUCAGACACAACAUCCUGCAAAAACAAGCCAUUCGCCUUAAGCACAAAAAUAUCAAACCUGGACAUUAAACAUAUGGAAAGAUACACUUGAAUUUACAACAUUAUUUGGCGAGUACCAUUUUACAACCUGCCAUGAAAUGCAUUAGUGACUUAACUGCAUGUCAAACUGUAGCCUGCUAAACUGUACCGUGGAUAUGUGCUGAAUCUUCCAGAAGCAAAUUUUUCUCAUGUUGAAGUGACGGUGAAGUAUACUCGGGAUGAUCUGUGAAGUUCUUUCUUAUCAUCUUUAGUACUGAAAACACUGCUUCCUGUCAACUGCAGUCUUCAAUUUUUAUGAGCUUCUAUCGUUUGGUGUUUAUGAUUUCAUCAAAUUUUUCUACUUUCCAACUUUAGAGGUAAAUAAAUGAAUGAAAUACAGAUGUUUGCUCCCUCUUCGUGGCCAUAGUGUGGAACUGCGGUACUGUAUUUUAAAUGGCUCGAAAUGGGUGGUGUUUGUGUCAUAAUAAAAACUUAGUAACUGUCCAAAUGAACCUGAAUGUAUUGGUGUUAUUUUAGUUAUUAAAAAUCGUUGAGAUACCACCUGUCAUAAAAACAUUAUAUAUGAAACAAAA